CUUCCCUUUGGGAUUUCAAACUUCAAUUCCUCAUAGCUUUCUGUCAAAUCGGUUUUGGCUUUUGUUUGUUCUGGCAAUUGAGUUUGGUGCUUGGGAGGAGACAGAGAUAUCUUUCUUCUUUAACUAGUCCUGCUUCAUUUUGGUUUAACAUUCUUUCUAUAAGAAUUCAUGAAAUGGGUGUAAUCCAUAGUCCAAACACGAGAAGUGGGGAUUAUCUAGAAGGAAUGCUUACAGAUUAUGUAGGAGGAAAGGCAAAGGUGAAGGUUCCUCGGAGUGCCUCUACCCGGCUUGUGACUGCUCUCACCUUCCUCCAGUUUGCCUUUGCGAUGUAUGCAACAUUCCUUCUUUACUACAUGAGUCCAGCAAUUGAUUUAAGGACUGCACCAGACUUUACCUGGGCUAAAAGUAUUGCACAGAACAUGAGGCAGUUCAUCAUCCCACAGCAUGUUCUCAGGCACUACCAGGAAUCUGCUUCUCUACUUAGUGCUGAAAUCCCACCAAUUAGGCCAUCUCUUGUCUGUGAGCAUGAGAAGAUUGAUUUCUCGCAAAAAAAGUCCAAUGAUUCUCAGAUGAUCAAGCUGAAGAGACAGCUGUAUGAUGAGAUAUUGGAUUUCCAGAGAAAAUCAAUUGGAACUGAAACUCUUGCACAACUGAUGGCAAUGAAAUCCAAGUGGGAUUUGGGCAGUCUGAACAGACCAAAAGUCACUGUGAUCUUGAACCAUUUCAAGAGAAAAACCCUGUGUGCUCAGCUGGAUUCAUUGCUUCAACAGACUCUUCCUUUCCAUCAUGUUUGGGUGCUUUCAUUUGGGAGCCCGAACGAGCUCUCCUUGAGGAGAAUUGUAGAAAGUUAUAAUGAUUCAAGAAUCAGCUUCAUUAGCUCAAGUUACGAUUUCAAGUACUAUGGAAGAUUCCAAAUGGCUUUACAGACAGAAGCCGAUCUUGUGUACAUCCUUGACGAUGAUAUGAUUCCUGGAAGGAAAAUGCUGCAGAUUUUAUCACAUGUAGCUGGGACUGACAAGUAUAAGAAUUCAGUCUUGGGAAGUAUUGGGAGGAUACUGCCUUUUAGACAGAAGGAUUUUACAUUUCCCAGUUACAGAAAAGUUAGAUCAAAGGAGGCAGGGCUUUAUUUGCCUGACCCUGCUUAUGACAUUACUGUUGAUAGGAUUGUGCAGGUGGAUUUUCUUUCUAGCUCAUGGUUUUUGUCAGCAGAGCUUGUGAAGACACUUUUCAUUGAGACUCCUUUCACAUUCAUGACAGGUGAAGAUCUGCAUCUUAGCUACCAACUUCAGAAGUACAGAGGUGCUGGUUCAUUUGUUCUUCCCAUUGAUCCCAAUGACAAAGGAACUUGGGGAGACAGUGAACACAGACUUGCUUAUGUUUCAGAAACCACUGUGAUCUUCAAGGACAUUGUUCAAGUCAGGGAUGACCAAUGGUGGAAAGCACUGACAACUGGCUAUGUGACUCAAUGGGCUGCAAUGUAUCCCCAAAAAAUCGAUGCCCUCUUCUAUGCCCACUCUGUUGAUGAAGUUAAAGCACUUGCACCUCUUCUGGAAAAAUUUAGGUCCACAGUUGGCAAGAAGGCCUACAUUGUAGUCUCUGGAGGCAGUUUCUGCCCGUGUGAAGAUGCUUCUGCUGUGCUAAAAUGGCCUAAGUUGGUUUGCAAAGAGAGAAGAUUUAAGAUUUUUGAUUUGGCAAUUGGCACACUUUCCAGGAUAUCAAAUUCUGAGGUACCUGUGGUUCAAGCAAUAUAUUCUAGCAUGAAAGGCCUGAUCAAGAUUCACAACCCUAGUGUGCUAAUCACAGUAUCUGACAUUAAUCCUCAUGUCAAGAAAGCUUUGAAGAUGGCUUCUGAGACUAAUGCAAAUGGAACUACUUUAGUUCUUCUGCCCAGGCCUUCUGUGUCAAAGGUACUGUGGAUGGCUGAUGUAAGACCAACAGCAUUACCAAAUUGGAACAAGAUGAGGAUUUCUGUCAACAUAAUUACACAAAACCGUGCCAAUUCCUUAACAAGGCUUCUGAAAUCUCUCAGCAAUGCUUACUAUCUUGGGGAUGAGGUUCCUAUCAGCUUCAACAUGGACACUAAAGUGGACGAGACAACUAUAAGGCUUGUGAAUUCAUUUGAGUGGCCUCAUGGCCCUAAAACCCUCAGGAGGAGAAUCAUUCAAGGAGGGUUGAUUCGAGCAGUGAGUGAGAGUUGGUACCCUGCAUCUGAUGAUGAUUACGGCCUACUACUUGAGGAUGACAUUGAAGUGUCUCCUUACUACUAUCUAUGGAUCAAAUAUGCACUCUUGGCCUACCAUUACGACCCUCAAGUAUCAUUUGCUGAGCUCUCCUCCAUCUCUCUUUACACUCCAAGGUUGGUUGAAGUAGUGAAAGAAAGGCCCAAAUGGAAUGCAACCAAAUUCUUCAAGCGAAUUCAUCCAAACACCCCUUAUCUUCACCAGCUACCCUGCAGCUGGGGUGCUGUCUUCUUCCCCAAGCAUUGGAGAGAAUUCUAUGUCUACAUGAACAUGAGGUUCACUGAAAAUGCCAAGGCAAAUCCAGUUCAAAUUCCCAAGUCUAGAACAAAUGGAUGGCAGGCUUCCUGGAAGAAAUUCCUAAUUGACAUGAUGUACCUUAGAGGGUACGUCAGUCUUUAUCCAAACUUCCCUAACCAGGCAAGUUUUUCUACUAACCAUAUGGAACCAGGAGCUCACAUUAGUGCGAACGACAAUGUUGUUAGGCAUGACAAAGCAGAUUUUGAGGUGCCACUGUUGAAGGAGGAUUUCAGGAUGUUGCUACCUAAUGGGAAAUUGCCUCCAGCCUCAAAACUGCCAUCGCUUAACCUUUUCAACCAGGCUGUUUCACUCAAAGGCCUAAAGGCAGCAGGAGCCAAGUUGGGUCAGGAUGUAUUGAGAUGUGACAAUGCCACAGAGAUAGUCCUUGUUGAUCAUCAAACAGGUCUGCCUCAGCGUUGUGCAAAAUUCUGAUAACAUCACUGGAUGUCAUUCUUUAGUCAUUUUUUGUUGUAACAAGUUUUGUUCAUUAAGCUUUGCAUUGUUAAUACAAAAAUACUGGAUUAAUAAGUGGCGACAGACAGUGGGGGACAAAGGUUUAAUAAUGUGUCUUCCUUUGAAAAUCAAGGAGGAACUGAAAUUAUGGCGUUGAACAAAGCCAAAAGUUGCUUUGAUGUACUUGUCCCCAGAAGAAACAAGAAACAUUUCACAUUAUG